AUGGAUAGCGUCAAUGUGUCGGAACUGGUUGCGCGCCUCGGCGCGGAGGAGGAGUCGGUGCGGAAGAUGGCGGUCUUCAAGCUGCAGAAUGCCAUUGGCGACCCCUCCUUCGCCGACGUCUUCAUAUACGAAGGCGGCCUGCCCAAGCUGCGCUUCCUGGCCCUGCACUCGACCGGCAACACCCUGGCCUACUGUCUGACCUCUCUGGCACGCCUGCUGGAGUUGGACAAGGGAUGGGACCAUGUCACGGACGAUCUGGUCGCGAGGAUCGUCGACCUCGUUGUCGCGCAACCUCUCGUCAACGUCAACCGCGGUGCCAUGUCGGUCCUCGCUGCCAUUGUCGGCCACCCCUCACACCGUAACUCCCAGGACGGGACCACGGGCUUCCAGCGCUUGAAGCCCGCCGUCGACUCUCAGCCCGACUUCCUACCCUCCCUCGUCGAAAAGAUCACCUCGGCCGACCACGCCCUAUGCGCAAACUCCCUACAGCUCAUCAACGCGCUCAUGCGAGACGCCAUCGCAAACGACGCGGCCUUUGAAUGGCCCAAGUUUAUCAAGCAGCUGCAGGAGCUGGGCGUGAUUAAGAGCGUGUACGGGCUUAUGCAGAGCUCUGCGAUACAGGAUCUGGCACAUCCACUACUCGACUUCCAGUCCUUGACCAAGAUACUGCUCAGGAACUGGAGGGAAGAGAAGGUCGACCUGGAGAACCCCGAUCACAGGAGGGCGAUCCGGGGUCUACACACGGCGAGUAAUCCAGAAAAGUCAGCAUCAGACCCCAAAGGAAGCAAGAAGCACAACCCGGAUAAAUGGAAGCGUCUGGGCUUCGAGACGGAAUCACCCGCGUGGGAGUUCGAUGCGACUGGCUUCCUAGGCCUCAUGGACAUUACAGACUUUGUCUACAAGAACGAAGACGGGUUUCAGAAGCUCUUGCUGGAGCAGUCGGCAGAGCCACUCGAGCAGCGAUGCCCAAUCGCUCGCGCAAGUCUGUCGGUCACCCAGACUCUAUACGAACAUUUUGAAAUAGACAAGCUCGACGAUGUGGACUCCCACCGACCUACCGACUCGCGGGCUAACUUCGACCGCUCGUUCAAGCCCCUCCUGCUUCACUGGUCCAGGUUACAUACGAGUGGCCUGAGUGCCUUCAUCCGACUAUGGAAGGUAGCCGGCGCACAAACCGAGGACUUUGAGAAGAUCGAAGAGCUUAUCCGCAUCUUGAUCGAGCAGGUUGUGGGCCAGGCGCCACGCAUGAGGGAUGUCAAGGACGUGGAGGAAGAUCUGGCUGAAUUUGAGCUGAAACGCCUGAGAGAACUUCAAAUGGAAGUACUGGAGCUGACCUACGAGGAUGCAUGGGGCCAUCAUCUCCGUCAGGUCCGUGACGAGCUCAACCACGAGGCUCUGCAGUUUGUAAAGGAGCAGCGUAUAAGAUGCCUGCUACAGGGCGCGUGGUUUCCAAUGGGUAUCGACUACGGCACGAGUGCGGGUCCGGUAACCAGCAAGACCCUGAAUCGUUCUGUGCCCUCAUCAUGGCGUUUUGUCCGAUUGUCGCACAACCGGCGAUAUCUGCAUUACGCUGACUUUGACGAGAAGACGGCGACUGAGCCGAGGUUAGACACCCUGCAGGAGAAGAUCGAUCUAUCCAUUGUCUCUUCGGUGGUGAGCAAUGUCUCGGCUUCGGCGCCAUCGACCGCAUCGUCAGACAGUACGGUCACAACCCUGCCAGGCCACGAGCGGGCUUCGACGUCGACCAAGAUCACGAUCCACGGUUACCUGCCCCCGUCCAAUCACGCGCGGCAGGCGUCCAGCGGCUCAGGUGCAGGGCGAAAAGAAUCCGUCCUACUGCAUCUGCAUCCCCAGAGCCAUACCCUUGCUUCCGAGUGGCUUGAUGGACUGCUGAUGCUACUGAACCAACAGCCAAUUACCGCUGACACCAAUAAGUUGGUAACCUUCAUCGGCGGUUACGGGCUCAAGAUCCGUCUGCUCAACGUUCGCUACGAAGAUGUCGGGCUGGAGGAACCAGUGCUCCCCAGUCGUGAAGGACUGGAUGACGAAUACUACUAUGACAUUGCGGGUGCCUGA